AGAUAGCCACAUUGAUCUUUACGUCUAAAUACUCUUUUAAAAACUCGGGUGAACGGACUGGCGAAGAAGCAGGUGUCACAACAAAAGGUGACAUCGACUGACAAAGAGGAAGGAAGUUGUUUUCACGAGUCACGACUGGCAGUGGCGACACCGAUCAGAAUGCGGGCAGAUUUGACGAUGAGAAAUUGAGAAUUUAGAGCUCCUUCCACUUCGAUUCGGUUACCUAAUUUAACUAAUUUCUCCGUACACAACUCUGUUUCCAUUUUACGGCGUUUACCGCCAUGGAAGCCACCGACGACGCAGAAUCCCCCGCACUGAUUGUUCCUGAAGAUAACUAUGAAAUGUGUUUGCCUUUACCAUCCUGAGUUCAUUCAAUUAUUAGUUUCAUUGAUAUUAUCUAAUUUCCUUUACCAGGCCUCCGCAAAGUUAGCGAGAACUGUUAACUGGGGUACAACAACUGUUAUUGGAAUAUUUGCUGGCAUGUUAUACGGCGGUAGUAAGGAGGCAGCUGCUUCUAUUAGCAAGGACGCAGAAGUGACUUUGAAGCUUGGAAGUACAGAAGACAAACGUGAGCAAUAUCGUUUGAUGAAAGAUGCUAUGGAGAAAUGGUUCAUUAGGGUUACACGGGGCUCAAUAGUUGGAGGAGUAUGCCUUGGAAUGUUCACAGCUACAUUUUAUAGCUUACAAAAUCUACUUGCAGAGCAGCAAGGUGUGCAUGAUGUUUUUAAUAUUGUUGGUGCUGGUUCAGCUACUGCUUCAGCUUUUGGUUUAACAUGUAUUUUCUGGCUAAAAUUGAGGGACUUGAGCAAAAAUCUGAUUCAGAGGCUGAGAAAGAACUGCAGAUGCUGUUGGAUUCUGACCCUCCUGCACUUGAAGUAGAUUUUCUGGAGCUACAGAAGCUCAAUUAGUGCGCUCUCAAUUGCAUUGGAAAGUAGACAUCUUGGGCUUUCCAUCAAUGUAUAAUAGUUUAUAAUUUGCCCGAGAUUUGACGGCCCAAAGUGGCGUCCAAACGCCUACCAGAGACCCAUUUUUCGGCGUAAAAUGCCAGAACUCGCACCAGAACUGGAGUUAAACGCCCAAACUGGCAUCCAAGCUGGUGUUUAACUCCAAGAAGAGCCUAUGCAUGUGAAAGCUUCAAAGCUCAGCCCAAACACACACCAAGUGAGCCCGGACAUGGAUUUCUGCACUAACUGCACUUAGUUACUCAUUUUCUGUAAACCCUAGUAACUAGUUUAGUAUAUAUAAAACUUUUUACUAUUGUAUUGGGAGUCUUUGAAACCUUUUAUCGUUUAUCAUGCCA